AUGGGUGCUUGUGGCCACAAGCCGUGUGGCGACGACGAAAGCGAAGAGGAGACCGCAUCAGACUCGCAGGGCAGCGACUCCGAGACUUCCAGCUUGGCGGUGGAAAGUGGGGAGUCUGCCAGCUGUUGCGCCAGGUACUGCAACCCGUUUGGCUGUGGCGACGGCCAUCAUCGGGGGCACCGGGGUCGAGGUCCGACUCAGAAAGUCUUUUUCGUGGAGAAUUCUGGCAAGGAUGUGCGGGACUACUUUGAGUUCGAUGAGCAUGAUCUUCUGGGCGAGGGCGGCUUCGCCAAAGUCUGUCGCUGUCAGGAGAAGAAGACGGGAAUCGAACGGGCGUUGAAAAUCAUCGUGAAGCAGCGGGUGCCCCAAAAAGAACGAGAGAAUGGGAGGCUGGAGCGAGAGAUGAAGACCAUGUUCUCCAUGGAUCAUCCGAACAUCAUCAAGGUCUUCCAGUACUUUGAGGACUCCAAGCAGAUCUACUUGAUCAUGGAGUGUUGCAAGGGUGGGGAACUUUUUGAUGCCAUCUUGGAGCAGGGCAGGAUGUCCGAGGCUGAUGCAGCCACCAUCAUGCAGCAAAUCUUUAAAGCGAUGGUGUACAUGCAUGAGAAUGGAGUCUGCCAUCGUGAUUUGAAGCCUGAAAACUUCCUCUUCUUGAAGAAAGCGCCAAUCAGAGACAACGUUCUCAAAAUCAUUGACUUUGGCAUCGCGGCGCACUUCGAGGCCAGUCGACAUUCAGUGGCUUCAUUUUCCUCGAAAGUUGGCACGCCAUACUAUGUGGCGCCAGAGGUGCUGCCGGGAUUCGCCAGGUACAGUGAGAAGGUCGACUGCUGGAGUGCUGGGGUCGUGAUGUACAUCUUGCUGUCUGGCAUCUUCCCGUUUAAGGGCGAGGGGACGAAGGCCACCUUGAACAAGGUCAAGCUGGCAAAGAUCACGUUUCCGCCAGAAGCCUUCCAAGGCGUGUCCAAGCCAGCCAAGGAGCUGAUUAAGAAGCUUCUGCAGAAGAGCCCGGAGCAGCGGCUCUCAGCGAAGGAGGCAUUGAAAGACCCGUGGGUCACCAGCUCCGCGAGCCUUCCCACCAGCGCGCUUUCGGGUGCUGUUAUGGACAACCUGCGGAAGUACAGUGCUGAGCAUCGCUUCAAAAAAGCGGCUUUGCACGUACUUGCCCGACACCAGGACGAGGGAGCCCUUAGUGCGCUGCGGGAAACCUUCACGCAGCUGGACCAGGAUGGUGACGGAAUCAUCACCUUCAACGAGCUCAAACAGGGACUGAAGACCGCCGGAUUCGGUGACCAGUUCUCCAACAAGGACCUUCAGGACUUGGCCAAGGCCGUGGACGCGGAUGGCUCGGGUGAGAUUGACUACACUGAGUUUAUCGCUGCAGCUAUGGAGAGACAGGCAGUUGUCCAGGAAAGCACCCUCUGGGCGGCCUUCCGUGUCUUCGACAAGAACGAUGACGGCCGGAUCUCCAUGAAGGAGCUGCAGGAGGUUCUGGGAACCAAAGAGGCCAACAAGGCCGUGUCCAAGGACAAUGUCAAGAAGAUCUUGUCGGAGGUGGAUAAAAACGGAGACGGUUUCAUCGAUUUCAACGAGUUUAUCGAGAUGAUGAGGACGUAG